AUGGUUGAGUUAUCAGAUUACCAACGACAAGAAAAAGUAGGAGAAGGUACUUAUGGUGUCGUUUAUAAGGCCCUCGACACCAAGCACAACAAUAGGGUAGUAGCACUCAAGAAAAUCAGACUUGAAUCGGAAGAUGAAGGUGUUCCAUCUACUGCCAUUCGAGAGAUUUCCCUUUUGAAAGAAAUGAAAAACGACAACAUUGUUCGUCUUUAUGACAUUAUCCAUUCCGAUUCUCACAAAUUGUACUUGGUGUUUGAAUUUUUGGAUUUAGAUUUGAAGAAAUAUAUGGAAUCAAUCCCACCUCAAUCAAAUACGGGUUUAGAGCCACAAAUGGUUAAACGAUUCAUGAAUCAAUUGAUUCGAGGAAUCAAGCAUUGCCAUGCUCAUCGUGUCUUGCAUCGAGAUUUAAAACCGCAGAAUUUGUUGAUUGAUAAAGAAGGAAAUUUGAAAUUGGCUGAUUUUGGAUUAGCUAGAGCGUUUGGGGUUCCAUUAAGGGCGUAUACUCACGAAGUGGUUACACUAUGGUACAGAGCACCAGAGAUUUUGCUUGGUGGGAAACAAUACUCUACUGGAGUAGAUAUGUGGUCAGUGGGGUGCAUUUUUGCGGAAAUGUGUAAUAGGAAACCAUUGUUCCCAGGAGAUUCAGAAAUUGAUGAAAUUUUCCGUAUUUUUAGAAUAUUGGGUACUCCCAAUGAAACUAUUUGGCCUGAUGUCAAUUACUUGCCCGAUUUCAAACCGGGGUUCCCUCAAUGGAAGAAACGCGAUUUGAAAGAAUUUGUCCCCAGUUUAGAUGCCAAUGGUAUUGACUUGUUGGAACAAAUGUUGGUUUAUGAUCCAAGCAAGAGGAUUAGUGCUAAACGUGCAUUGGUGCAUCCUUAUUUCCGUGACGAUGGUAAUGAUCCGCUGCUGAAUCAUGAUAUAUUUGGACAAAAUGGGGUAGCUGCUCAUGGUGGUGCUGGCGGGGCUAAUUUUGGUAUGGAGAGGAGAUUAGACGAUGGUGUUGUUACUGGAGAAGAUGUGAGCUUUUCACGAUCGGUAAACAUGGGUUAA